AUGUUUAUCAAGCACAGAGACCUUGACAUCAACAAUGUUGAAAUGAAUUGCCCAUCAUCUCCCUCACCUCCUCCCACUGUCUCUGUUGUCUUUCAGUGCUCUGGACACAGAAUACAUAUGCCCACUCAGUUUGCAGACUUUCUGCUAGACAAUCAACACACAGAUCAACCUUCUAACCCCCAGCCUCAUACACCUUCUACACCAACACCUAAGCACCCCACUCUUGAUCCAUUUGAAACACUUCCAGAUGAUGCAGAUCUCUUUUAUAUUCAUCUCACACAUCUAAUGUUGUUGUCCAACAAUAACAUGCUUGAAAGUGUCACCGAUGCACCAAUACUUGCUGGGGGUGAUUGGACUAACUAA